GACCCCGGGCGGUGCGGCGCCGCUUGUGGCGGCCACACGCGACGGAGCUCCUGCGACUCGGGGGCAUUUAUUCCGGGUUGGCCUCCCGCCGCCUCCGCAGGCCAGAGUGGCUCAGCGCCCCAAGGCGCUCUUCAUUUUUUAAAUUGUUUGUCAGGUAUUAGGACAAAGGGGCGUGCACGGAACUAUCCGGUGACUGGGCAAGAGAGAGGAACUCCUGGGUCAUCGUGGAACAAGGCGGAAGCACUGCGCGGGCGGGGAAGCUGGCCAGCAGGAUCCGACUCCCAAAGAACGAGCACCGACUCAGAGGGUAUCUGUAAAUGCUUUCUGGCAUCACAGGGAGCCAUGGGCAGGAGGAGGCUCAUCACAGACAGCUUCCAAGUGGUGAAGAAGAGAAAAAGGGGAAAUAAGAAAGUACAGGAGGGUCAGAGCCCGCCCCUUGAUAAAGUGAUAGUUCAAGCAGAGUGUCUCCCACAAGAUGCUGCACAGCCAGAAGAGCUGGAGCUGCUGAAACAGUUUGACCUCAGCUGGAAAUAUGGCCCCUGCACAGGAAUCACCCGCUUGCAGCGCUGGGAGAGAGCAGACUCGUUGGGUCUUGGCCCUCCUGCUGCAGUGCAGGAGCUGUUGCUGAAGUACAACCGUGACCCAGUUGUUACACACAGCCUGUGGCAUGAAUACUCCCUCUGAGAAGAGCAACUGGUGGUACCUCAGGCUGAGAAGGAGCCCCUGCUGCUUUGGCUCUCUGAAUAACUCCUUCAUUCCUACAGCGGACGCUGCGUGGUGGUGGGAGGUCAGAGCCCUGGAAGGUGGCCAAGGCUCCCAGCGGGUCCCCAGUCAUGGUUCUGGCCUCAGCCUGCCUGCAGCCAGCCUGGGGCUCCUACCAGGAGGGGCUUCUGCCACUUGGAUCAAAGAGGAACGGCGUCUCAGGGAGCGAGCACCGAGGAGGCCCAGGCCAAGUGGCUGCCGGUUUGCUGUGCUGAAACACAAACCAAGCUGAAUAGCUCUUGAUGUCGUGCUUGAUGUGGCAUUUCGUUCCUUUUUCAUAUGGUAUUUUAAGACUUGCUUGAUUUUUGUAAUAAUUAUUGGCAGUGAUGUAGCCAAGGGAUGAAGAUGACAAUAAUUAAGUUUGUCCAGGGUGUCAAACCAACUUGAAGGAAGGAAAAUGCCUUCCUAGGCCAGAUGAGGUUGAUGGGUAUCACUCCAUCCUCCACCAACAUACUACUCACAUCUGUGUUGUCUUUCUUUAUACCAAGAGGGAGCUGCUUUCCGUCUCUCUCUCGGCGUGGAGAAGAGGACCACGCUCCCUUGGAGAUACAGGGUUCUUGGCUUUGUGCAGUAUGUGCACCACACAAGGACUUAACCAGCACUGGAAAGAGUGUUAGCUUGCUCUGGAGUUGGCUUUGUGCACUCUGCGUAUCUGGAGGAUAUUCCUCCUCUUGGAGGAACCCAAGAAACCUCUGCUGGCCUCAUGUGGAACUUCCAUGAAAGAGACUGGGGCUGCGGGGUGGGGUUUCCACAUCUGUUACCAAAAUACACCAGGAAAAUCAGUACAUGCUCUAAAAUGCACAUUUCCCGCUCACUUCUCCACCUAACCCUUAGAAAUAACAAGGAAUUGAAACCAGUUUCAGUUCCCCUCCUGUCAUUUAUUUCUAGUUCACAAACCAAUUCAGUGCAAUCUUAUUUACCAAGCUUCCUAGCAGUUGCACCACAUAAGCCAUAUGAGAAUGUCCUGGAAGUGAGGCUGAACUUUCUAGCUUUAAACACUACUACAGAGCAGGGGCAAAUUCAAAUGGGUUGGAAUGGCAAAGUCCCCCAGGAGAUGCAAAGAAUUUUCUAAUCAUAAGCAAAAGUGCUACCAGUAACUUGCCUACCAAAAUUCCUUCACCAGCACCCCAAAUAAUAUUCCCAUCACCAUGGGCCUUAGCAUUUCCUGCCGUUUUCUAGUGUCUUAGCCUAUAUGCCACUCCUUAUCUCCGAAAUCCUCACAGCUCAAAACAAGUGCCCUUCUACCUCGAAUAAUAGAUGCCUGGUGUGCCCGGUGUCUUUUUACACUAUCCAUAGAUCAUCAUCACUGUGCAUUCUACAUUCUCUGCUAGCUUCAAAUGCUGUCAGAUUUGCACAUUUCACACUCUGCCACACACUCAUGUGCUCAGUUUUGAGGCAUUCAUUAGCAGCUAGGAGUGUCUUUAUGCUUCCAGGACAGCUACUCAGAAGCAAAUGUGGGCUUCUCUAAUAGUCUGGAUUUUGUGUUAAAUGUGUUGCCUGUUAUACUGAAUUGUGCUUUCUUGAAUCUUAACUUGCUUAGAAACCAAUUUCAAAUACUAUCAGCAUACUACAUAGAAGGCUGAAUUGUUACCUACUAGGUGGCCUUCUUCAAGCAGUUUCUCAGCAGGUCUUUCAUUAGAUUAUGCACAAAACCUUUAAAAAUUCCCUUCAUGUUCUUAUAUCCAUUUGACACAUUCAGCAUUUCUCCUUGCAGUAACAUUAUUCUUUUUAUGAUGAAAGGCUUCUUCAGUUUUCCAGAUAAUUGGUCAUUUUAUGGAUUCAGAUACAUAAAUAUACCCUUUAAGGAUAACCAAUACUUACUUAUUCAAAGUCUGUAACCUACCUUUCCAACCAAAGGUGGAAAGAAACAAGAUUUUAUUAAUGGAAAUCAUAAAGGAUAAACUUUUGGAAAUGGUA